AUGCUUGUCGAUGAUUAUGAUCACUACCCUGCCGAAAAGACUGAUGUCGUCGUCGUUUCCCGGUCGGGAUCCGACGAGCCUGAGUCUGCACCGACCGCAGAUGACCACGCGGCGAUGAUGGCAAAGGUCCUCCCCCAAAACCCGGAUCUCGAAACCCUAGACGAGGUCUACAAUACAUGGCGCUUGUCAGACUGGCGGAAGAUGGAGCGCAAGUCACACGGACCCAUCUUCCGAUGCGGUGGCUCCCCAUGGCGCAUUCUCUUCUUUCCGUACGGUAACCAGACCGAAUUCGCUUCGUUUUACCUCGAACAUGCAUGGGAGGGUGGACCCCCAGAGAACUGGUACGCUUGUGUGCAGUUCGCCCUGGUGUUAUCGAAUGUGAACGAUCCUUCUAUUUACACACAUCACGUUGCAACCCACCGUUUCACUGCGGAGGAAGGGGAUUGGGGCUUUACUCGGUUCUCUGACCUCAAAGGUCUGUUCAGCCACGCGUGGGAGGGGAAAUCUGUCCCAUUGGUACAGGACGAUGAGGCAUUUGUGACGGCCUAUGUUCGCGUAGUGAAAGAUCCUACAGGUGUCUUGUGGCACAGUUUCCAAAAUUACGACUCGAAGAAGGAGACUGGAAUGUCGCUCUAUUUCACAAAUGCUUUCCGCAAGGCCGUCUAUCAAAUACCGACUGACCAGGAAGCUUCCCGGGAGAACAGCGCGUGGGCCCUCCAGAGACUGUUUUACAACCUGCAGACCAACGACGUUGCCGUUUCCACAACCGAACUCACCGCAUCUUUUGGCUGGCAAUCCAGCCAGAUCUUUGAACAGCAAGAUGUACAGGAGCUCUCACGAAAGCUCAUGGAAAGACUGGAGCACAAAAUGAAAGGCACGGUUGCAGAAAAAGUUCUACCUGAUCUGUUCGUCGGAAAAACCAAAACAUAUAUUUCUUGCAUCAAUGUCGAUUACGAGUCUUCCCGUGUGGAAGACUUCUGGGAUAUUCAACUCAAUGUUCGAGGCAACAAGACCUUAGACGACAGCUUCAGGGAUUACAUUCAAGUUGAGACGCUGGAGGGGGAGAACAAGUAUGAAGCUGGGCAGCCAUACGGUCUGCAGGACGCCAAAAAGGGUGUCAUCUUCGAGAGCUUCCCUCCCGUUCUUCAUCUUCACCUCAAACGUUUCGAGUACGACCUCAACCUCGACAUGAUGGCCAAAGUCAACGAUUAUCAUACGUUCCCAAUGGAGUUCGAUGCGGCUCCUUACCUUUCCGAGAGCGCCGAUAAGUCGGAGUCCUGGGUUUACCAAUUGCAUGGUGUUCUCGUCCACAGCGGUAACCUCGAUGCAGGACAUUAUUAUGCAUUCCUCAAGCCCACCAAGGAUGGUCACUGGUAUCGCUUUGACGAUGACCGAGUCAACCGAGCUACCGACAAAGAAGUCCUAGACGAGAACUACGGAGACUCCCAGCAGCGCACAAACGGAGCGACUGGAGGCCGGUCCGCUAUCCGCACAAACAAUGCCUACAUGUUGGUUUACGUCCGGAAGACGAGACAGGAUAAUGUACUAUUACCGGUCACAAAGGAUGAUGUGCCCUCUCACAUUGAGAAGCGUAUGUCUGAGGACCGGGUGGAGAUGUUGCGUCGGAAAAAAGAGAGAGAAGAAGCCCACCUUUACAUGAAUGUCGGCGUCCUCAAUGAGGAUGCAUUCCGAAACCACCACGGCUUUGACCUGACCAGCAAUGACCUUCCAGCGGACGACCCGGCGCUUCUUACGUCAUACAAGAUCCUUCGGGCAAAGAAGGUCAGGGAAUUUGCACAGGAAAUCGCCGAAGAACGAGAUCUCAAACCAGAAGCCAUUCGAUUCUGGGUCAUGGUCAAUCGUCAGAACAAGACAACCCGACCCGAUCAGGUGAUCAGCGACCCAGAGAUGACUGUUGAAGAGGCAUACAACAAAUACGGCACUAAGGGCCAGCUCUUGCGAUUAUGGAUGGAGGUGGCACCGACCGGCGCAGACGGAAAAUCUACUUUGUGGCCCGAUAGUGACUCAAUUCUCAUUUUCCUCAAGAACUUUGACAUCACAGCCCAGACCUUGACUGGUGUUUGCUCUGUCUACGUUCACAAGAGCCAGAAGGUGAGCGAGCUGGCCCCGACAGUUCUUUCCAAGAUGGAUUGGCCUGCCGGUACAGAGUUCAUGCUGUUCGAGGAGAUCAAACAUACCAUGAUCGACCUUAUGAAACCUAAGCAGACUUUCCAGCAAUCUGAAAUUCAAAAUGGCGACAUCAUUACCUUCCAGCGCGCAAUCAAGGAGUCCGAACUGCCACCUUCAGCGCUUUACACAGACGCUCGGCAAUUCUACGAUUACCUUUUGAACCGCAUGGAAGUUCAAUUUGCCCCUAUCAAGACCAAUGAAGGGGAGACUUUCUACUUGACACUCAGCCGCAAGAUGACUUAUGACCAGUUCGCCAAGAAGGUUGGUGAGCACCUCAAGGUGGACGAGACUCACCUUCGAUUCGCACCUGUGAUGGCCAGUACUGGCAAGGCCAAGCCUUUCCUGAAGCGAAGCAUCAAUCAAAAUCUCUCACAAAUUCUAAACGGUCAAUAUGGCGCAUACGGAUACACCAUGCACCGGGCAGACGCUUUGUACUAUGAGAUUCUGGAUAUGAGCUUGAGUGACUAUGAGAGUAAGAAGUGCUUCAAAGUGACAUGGCUCCCUGAUGGCAUUACCAAGGAGGAGAUUGUUGAGGUUCUGGUUUCCCGUAGCGGCACCGUGGCAGAUAUUCUAGCUGCGUUGCAGCAGAAGUUGGAACUUGGCGAUGAGUCGAUUCGGGUUGCCGAAACACACAGUGGAAAGGUCUACAAAGAGCUUCGGGAAGAGCAAAACGUUGCUGCUAUUAACGAGUACGCCACACUCUACGCCGAAAAGAUUCCAUCGGAGGAAUCCAAGUUGAACGCCGAGGACCGCAUCAUUAGCGUGUUCAGCUUCGACCGCGAACCAAACCGGACUCACGGAAUCCCCUUCAAGUUUGUUGUAAAGCCCGGUGAACUCUUUGCGGAGACAAAGAAACGCCUUUCCGCCCGCACACAGAUCAAGGGCAAAAACUUCGAGAAGAUCAAGUUCGCUGUGGUCCCCCGGGCAUCUUUCUCUAACCCCAAGUAUCUCGAAGAUGGUGAUAUCUUGUCAGAUAUAGCGGCUGGUGCGGACGACUUCCUGGGUCUUGAUCAUCCCAACAAGAGCCGCAGUUUCUGGGGCAAGAGUGAUGGAUUCUCGAUUCGUUAA